AUGCAGGCUGUCAUACCAGCAACAAUUUCCACCGGCGACGAAUCAUUCGCUAUCUGCUUCUUUCUCACCUCGAUCGCGGGCUUAGGACGCAGCUUUCACUCGACCCAGGGUUUCCUGGAGCCUCUUCUUCCUGUCGUAUCCAAGGAGCAGCCGGAUUCUGUCCUCUCGACCGUCCUGACUGCCGUGUCAACGAAGCUCUGGAGCAUGUGGAAAAUCCCAACAAACACUUAUCGAACGCCUCAUCCUCCAUUUGCUAGGGCGUUGAGUCGCCUACGAGCAGCUCUCAACGAUCCCCUCGAGCGGUCAAAGGACAGUACCGUACUCAGCGCUAUCUUGAUGCAUUUCUACGAGAGCCUCGCUGCUCGGUCGACGCACCAGCAUACCAUGCGCACCCACCAGGAAGGCGCUCGUGCAUUGCUCGAACAUGGCGCGGAGAGCCUCUCAGACUCGGAUUGCCGCGCAUACUUGAGGAGCUACCUGCGGCACUGUGAUGUGUCGACAUAUAUGGAAACGCAAACAGACGACACCUUGGGCCUGGAUGCUUGGUUCGAUGCAGGGUGGGACCAUUCUUUGCCAGCCAACCCGAAUGCAGUCUUGGACCUGAUCGGGCUCUCAAUUGCCGAUUUGCAAAAGAGACUAUCCACCUUUAUGUGCGAGCUGGCCAAGAAUAACCUAGAUGGUCUGACUCUCGCGACUUGGUGGCAGGACGCUUCGUCCGUUGACGCACAGCUCUUGGAUUGGGUUCAGCUAGUGCCGGCUUCAUGGCAGCCUUCAACUUAUAAAAGAUCAGAAGAAGACACAUUUACAUACUUCGGGUUCUGCGAUAUAUACCCGACCGUCCAGAUUGCUACAAUCUGGAAUGUAUGGCGCGUUUGCCGGCUCAUGGUCCUGCGGAUGAAGUUUUAUCUGCUUGCGAAAGCGCCCCCCGAGGCGCUGCAGCAAACUAUCUUGGUUGCCACCGAGGAUUCCAGUUUCCCAGAUCCCAAUCGCGGCAGGAAGUUGGUGGACUCCAUCUGCCGGUCCAUGCCGUUUUACCUGGGUAAUCGCCAAAAUCACAGAGGCUUGCACGACUUGGCGGACCCAGCGAUCAGAAUCCCCAGCUACCACGACCAAGACUUCGACAAAGCUACACGUAUGCAGUAUAUCCGAGGGGAUCAGGCAAUGAGUCUCGAUGAUUAUAAGCGACAUGUACUGAUUCAAGGCCCUUCGCACGCACUGCUUCACUUGAACAGCCUGGUUAAAGUGCUGUCGAAGGAAGGUGGAGAGCUUAUCUGUCGUGGGCUGCAUAGGGACAAAGUCGUCUGGAUACAGGAACAGUUCCUCCGGGCGCACGUAUUGCCCAUAUCUUUCGUGCAAUGCCAAGUGCGUCUCGCGGGCUCGUCCUCUGGCCACACCAAUCAACUUCCACAUGUCGAGUCGGAAUUCGAGGAAGACUGUGGGAACGGCCAAGCCCGGGAGAAGAUGCGGCUCAUUCCCCGCGCGACACCCGAUCUCAUGGUCAAAUCUGGUCAUGGCAGGAAUCAGCUCCCCGUCAUAGGCCGAGACGGCACUUCUGCUUUGACCGCGCAUGCCGAGUUGUCUUCACAUGGAUGGUAA